CACCGAUGUCCUUCCAGAGCUUUGAGAGAUGUGAAAUCUGAAAAUGAAUAAUUUCUGACUUCACAAUAUUAAGGCAAACUAGGAGCAGUCUCUGCCAGCUGAGAGGUCUAUUAACUUUGGUGAGAAUCAAACUUCAAAGGAGACAACGUGACAUUCAACUCAGAAAAUCUAAAAAUGAGUGACCAUGGCUUGAGUGACAAAUUUGUUAAACUGUUCUCCAGGAAAAGAAGAUCUGAUCAAGAGAUUGCUGCUCUGUCUGGUUUGACACAGAAGUUUCCUAAUGUUAUAAAAACAUUCUCUCAUGAGGAUCUCCUCAAAAUCACAGAAUACUACAAGCCCUACUUGACCUACGUGUUUGAAUACGACAUCACAAGUAUCCUGCAGAACCUGGUCACCAAGAACAUCCUCACCAACGAUGAGGCCAAGAGAUUCAAAGCCAAAGAAAAAUGUGAGGGUCAUGCUGGUGUGGAGACCUUCAUCAGUGACAUAAUGAAGAAGGACAAAACAUUACUGGUGAGCCUGUGGGAGGCACUGGCUGAAGAACUUGUGAGAUUUCCAUCACCAAACAUGACAAGAAUACUGGAAGAGGUGACAGAGGCCGGACCAGACCUCUGGAAGGUCAUUCAGGCCAGUCUCCAGCCUUUUCCCAUUGAUAUUCUUAUUAAAGAUCUCUACAAGAUACACAGAGAUAGUGUUUAUGAAUCUACAAGAACUCUAGAGGAUCAGGUUUCUCUUGGUGAUCCAUGCACCAGUGCGGUGAGCAUUGAGACUCGAUACACAGAGCUGAUGGUCAUUGGUCAGUACAAAAAGACCUACAGUGAGACUCACCAUGAACUUGUGAAGAUGGGGAAGAUUCAUGCAGAGCUGGUGGAGGAGCGGACAAAAGAGAAAUGUGAGCGAAUCUGGAAUGAACAGCUUUUAAGGAGGAAUCCAGGAAGUGAGACUGCCCCUCACAUGGUAGUAGUUAGUGGAGUGGCUGGAAUUGGGAAGACCACCAUGGUCCAGAAGAUCAUGUUUGACUGGGCCAGAGGCACUCAGUACCAGAGAUUUUCAUUUGUGUUUCUGUUUAAAUUCAGGGAGCUCAACCUCUUAGACACAGAGACAGAACCUCAGAUGCCUCUGACCAGGUUGAUUGUGAGGCACUAUAAAUAUCUCAAUGACCCCAGACUAAGAGAAAUCCUGCAGAAACCUGAAUCUCUCCUCUUUAUAUUUGAUGGUCUUGAUGAGUACAAACAUAAACUGGACUUCACACAGGAAAGGCUCUGCUCAAACCCAGAUGACUACUUUCCUGUCCAUAUCCUGGUCACAAGCCUGAUCAAAAGGACAUUACUGAAAGGCUGUACAGUUUUGAUCACAACCAGACCAACAGCCUUGGAGGCCAUGGAGAUGGAAAGAGUUGAUCGAUUUGCAGAGAUCCUGGGGUUCUUCCCUGAACAAAGGCUGAUGUACUUUAAGAAGUUCUUUGGUGAUGCUGAUAAAGGCUCUGAGGCUUUUAAGUAUGGAGAGGAGAAUGCCAUGCUGUACACCAUGUGCUCCAACCCCUCAUACUGCUGGAUUAUCUGCUCUGUGCUGAAAAGCCACUUCAUGACACCUGAAGAAGAGCGAGGAGCUGCCCCCAGAACUGUCACAGAGCUCUUUGUGAUGUUCCUUCACAACAUCCUGACAAAUCAUAAGCGGGAAGCUGAAGACCAGCGUGGGAUUCUUGUCAAACUAGGAAAGAUGGCUUAUUAUGGGGUGGCCAACAGAAUUCUUGUGUUUUAUGACAAGUUUGAGAUGUCCACCUUUGGUCUCCAGACAGUCGUCUUGUCCACUCCGUUCCUUUCAGGGUUCCUCAAAGAAAUCCUUCAGAGUGAAAGCACUCUGGAGCACACAACAUAUACAUUCUACCACCUCACCAUACAGCAGUUCAUGGCCGCCUGCUACUUCCAACUCAGUCCAUCAGAGGAUAUGGAGGACAUGCUUAUGAAGCUGAAAUCAUGUAAAGAUGACCGAUUUGAUAUUUUCACUCGAUUCCUGACAGGACUGGCCAGGCCUUCUGUGUUUAAAACUCUGGGGGAAAUCCUGGGAGAGUUUGAGAGGAAGACAGCAAACAGGAUACUGGAGUGGGUUAAGCAGAAAGCUGAACAGGUGCUACAGGGUAAAGAUAAAAGUGAAGCUCUACAAGUGUGUCAUUGGCUGUAUGAGACUCAGAAUAAGAAAUUAAUAAGAGAUGCCAUUGGAAAGGAUUUAAUGUUGGACUUUAGUGACAUGACUUUGUCUCCUCUGGACUGUGCUGUGCUGGGCUCUGUCAUCAACUACUGUGGAGAAUUAGAGGAGCUCAAUCUAUCAGGCACAGAGCUCACACCAGAGUACAUCAACAGACUGGUGACAGGGUUCAUCUGCUGCAAACGUAUCAAUCUGUCUCAUUGUCAUCUCACAUCCACAUGCUGCUCAGCUCUCUCUUCAGCUCUUUCUUCUCCACACUCAAGACUGACUGAACUGGACCUGAAUGGCAACAACAUGGGGGAUUCAGGAGUGGAUCAGCUGUGUGAGGGGCUGAGGAGUGAAAACUGCAAAUUAGAGAAACUGAACUUCAGAACAUGUGGUCUCACCUCGAGAUGUUUCUCAGCUCUCUCCUCAGUCCUUUCAUCUCCAAACUCAAAACUGAUUGAGCUCAAUCUUGGUUUUAACAAUUUAAUUGGGGUAAAGAACAAUAACCUAAAGGAUUCAGAAUGGACUCAGCUGUGUGAGUGGCUGAGCAGUGAAAACUUCAAAUUAAAGAAACUGAGCCUUACUAAUUGUGGUCUCAUUUCCAAAUGCUGCUCAGCUCUCUCUUCAGCUCUUUCUGCUCCACACUCACGACUGACUGAACUGGACCUCAGCUUCAACAACAACAUGGAGGAUUCAGGAGUGGAUCAGCUGUGUGAAGGGCUAAGGAGUGAAAACUGCAAAUUAGAGAAACUGAGCCUGUCUGAUUGUGGUCUCACCUCCAGAUGUUCCUCAUUUUUUUCCACGGUCCUCUCUUCUUCACACUCACGACUGACUGAUCUCUGGCUUAACAACAACAAACUGGGAGAUUCAGGGGCUUCUCAGCUGUGUGAGGGGCUGUGGAACCCAAACUGUAAAUUACAGACACUGGAGCUGCAGUUUAAUGACAUCAGUGAGAAGGAGCAAACUCAGCUGAGGUUACUACAGGAGGAGCUGAACAAGACUGGACAGCAGGUGGUUAUCAGCAUGACUGAACGUGCUAAUCAACUGGUCCCUGUGAUGGUGUCCCCUGUCCAUUCCCUAUAAAAUUCUUCUAUUUGUUCUUUUAUAAUCUCCUCAGCUAUUGUCCACAUAUAACAAACUCUCCAUGUGUU